AUGGCGACUCAACAUCCAGCUGAAUUUCGUGUGGGAUGGCUUACGAAAACCCGGAAAGGGAAGGACGAAGAACGGCGCAGGUGGCGCAAGGUCGACUCGAACAUUAUCAAGCUGCUUCAUCUCAUGUUCGACCAUUUGAAUGUGCCCUAUCACCGAGCUCCGGGAGAGGCAGAGGCCGAAUGCGCGCGACUACAACAACUUGGCAUUGUCGAUGCUGUCUGGAGCGAUGACGGAGAUUCUUUCAUGUUCGGCUGUACGACAUUGAUCAAAGCGCACAAGGUUGGCGGACAGCGGAUCAACGACUACGUGAGGAUCUAUCAGGCGUCUAGAAUCUUAGAACAGCACAACUUUGACGCCGACAGCUUCGUGCUCUUCGCUCUCCUCGCCGGCGGAGACUAUGACAAGACUGGUCUACGAGGAUGUGGUCCGAGUGCUGCCAAAGUCCUUUCACGAAGAGAGUUUGGAAUCGCAACAUCACUGAGGCAUGUGGACAAGCACGGCUUGCCGGCCUGGAGAGACUCGUUAGUGACCACCUCACAGCAGCGGGUGCGGAAAGCAGUAGAGGUCCCCUCCGAUUUCCCAAAUUUCAAAGCAUUGGAGGGUUACCGCAACCCUGCAGUAUCCACCGACGAGCAAUGCCAUGACCUUCCAAAACUCCGUAAUAACGGAUGGAACAGGCCGAUCGUUCAGCCUGUACCUCAGAAGUUCCUACGUGCAUAUCAUGGCUUCUGGACACGCGGCUUCCUCAAGCAUUUUGCGCCAGUCUUUCUAGUACGAACUCUUGCUGGUGUUGUACAUCCCGACCAGAAAGAAGAGAAUAGAUGUUGUAGUGUUCGGUUGAAGUCUGGUCGGCAGAGGAAGGAUCUGAGUAACGGCAAACCCAAUCCGGAGGUCAAGAUUAUAUUCAAGCCCAAGGCUCUAAUGGAGAUCGAUCUCGAGACGGAGCCUUCCGAAGAGGACUGGUCAAUUGAAGCCAACAAGGAUGGCGGUACUUAUGGUCCUACAGAGGAGAUCGAAUGUGAGGUACUCGAGUGCUUCCUCCAGCACGGUCUUCCUGAAGGAUCUUGGGAGCCCGUGACCAAAUCAAGGAGAGGCACGCAAAGACCAAGCGAAAAUGGAGCAACAUCCUCGCAAGAGGCUUCUGUCCACGACUAUGGUGGCACGACCAAGAUUGCAUCAAAGAAACGUCGUCGAACGUCUGAGGGCCCGGCGGAUGGUGCUUUGGACACCACGAACCACAGAAAGAACCGUGCAAAGGCGAGAAAAGAUGAUGCGCUGCCCAGAGCUCCUUCAGGAUCGAGGCCGGCGAAGAAGAAAAAGAAAGGCGGAUCCAAUGUCGAGGCAAACGUCUCGCAGAGUCCACCUCCUGCAAAAUUCAGGCACAUGGACAUCCCCGAGCAUCUGAUGCGUCCCAAUCCAAUUUCGCCAGCAACACAGUCCUCGUCGAUGGUCAUCGAUCUGUGCAGCGACGGCGACGACGACGACGACGACGAAGAAGACAAAGGCGUAGGCUUUGCUACAGUCCAUGCUUCCUCCGUCUCACUACCUUCUACUCAAGUGGCGACUACAGCGACUACAAGUGGAUCUUUAGUGACACAUCGCCCGACUGGCUCCUCCGAUCCGCGAGCGCUCUCCGCUUCCCAGCCCGCUUGCGUCGGGCACUGUAGUGGAACAGGAAGUGUUCACCAAAGCCUAGCAUCCAGCGAAAACUUCGAUGUACCUGCAGCUGCCACAUUCACACAAACACUCCAGCAGACUGCUGAACCCUUUGACGGCUCCGAGCUCAUGCCAGGCGAGGCCAUUGACCGUGCAACACUUCGCGCUUUGCGCGCAGCAGCCUUGCACAACCGCGUCUCAGAUGUCCCGCCAGCGCCUGUGAGACCGCAUUUGACAUCAACUUCACCAAAAGCCAGGCACGGAGAGGUGAUUGAUCUAACGUGA